UGCGCCGCCGCCGCCGCCGUCGCCGGCCGCUCCGAUCCGACGGCGGGCGGGGGAGAGCCGAGCGGCAGCCGCCGCCCCGCGCCGCUGAGAGGCGCUGAUGGGAUGGCGAGAGGGCGGCCGCAAGGGGGGAACAAAGAGGCGGGGGCUCUCCCUCGGCCCUCCGGCACUCAUCUGCCUGAAUCCGCAGGUGCCGGCCGGGGAGUUGUGCGAGGAGCUGAGCGCCGGCGCCAGCGCGUUGAGAAUGGCGAUGGCGAUGCGGGACUGUCCCAGGCGGGUCUCACGAAUGCUCGCACGGGAACAGAGAGAACACCACGUGUGUGUUGACCUAUUGAGCCAAUAUGAGGCCGAAGGGCACAGUUUGCCGGGGCACAUCAUUAGCGGAGAUGAGACGUGGUGCAUCGCGGAGGUGAGGGGAAGCAAAGGGAACCUUCCCGGCCCACGGCCGCCAGCAGUCGACACCCGCCGAACCUCGCGGAGGAAGCGGUCAUCCCGACCUGCAGGGGGCGCUGCGCCGCGGUGGGCGGGGAAGGGAGAAGGUUUGGAAGAAACGUUACUGAUUAGUUCAAAGCCUGGCCGCAAGAAGGCUACGACUUUACAGACUGUAAGGGUGCCAAGGAGUAAUGUUUUGGACAGAGUACAGAGCUUUUUACCACAGAUGGCUCAUGCAAAUGAUGAGCUAAAAAGAAAAAUGGUAACAGCACCAGCUCAUCAGUUUGAUAUUGAAAAUCUCGACAGUGCCACUGAGAAAGUUAUAGAAAUGAACGUGGCUGUAGUUGAACUGAGUGAUUCUGAUACAGAUGAAGAGAACCUAACUUCAGAAGAUGACUCAGAAUCUGAAGAUGACUGUAUAACUGAUGAAGUGACAAUAGACAACAUUAAGUUUCCUAAACCAAAGGGAGAAAAGGGCAAAAUAGAAAUUUUGGACAGCAAAGUGAAUGAGUGAAUCAAUUUUUAUUAUACUUUAAAAAAAAAAAAAAAAAAUUCAAGCAAACCAUGUUUUCUUACUUUGAAGACUUAGCCUUUAAAUGGCAUUGUUUCUCCAUGUGAGAUUCCCCAGGAUCCUGUGAAAUGCUAUUGUUUACUUGGUGGAGAAUUCAGGAUCCACUCAUGGCUCUGAAGCAAGCCACAUCUCUGAAGAAUUAAGUAAUGUCUUAUUCAUCAAACAACAUGAAAAUUCCAAGCUUUCUUGUGAAGUUAGACUAAGAAAGCAGCUACAAGUUGGAACGUUUGAGCAGAAAGGUGUACUGCAGAGCUAGUUGAGAAAAUUCUUGUUCUCGUUUUGUUGAAGAAAGAUUUUUGUAGUGUGCUUAGAAUAAAGCUUGACUUUGAGGGCAGGAAAGAAAUGACAAGGAAAAAUCUGUUCUUUAUUAUGUGCUGUAAAGUGUUAGUGUACAAUGUCUUCAAGAUUAAAUGUUACCUUAAAGUACA